AUGGAUAUAACCACGCAACCGCAUUCCGACAAAGAGAACUUCUCACCCGCAUCCCAUCAGAAAGUCCAUUAUCCCACUCUCCCGCUCCUGUCGCCGUUACGCACCAAGCGACCAACUUCUCACAGUUCGAAGGCCUCUCCGACGAAGAAACAGCACCUUCAAAUAGACCCCGGCAAUUCACUCGGCUUCAGUCCCAUAGGGAGUCCAGCGAACACGAGCCGUCAUCGCGCUGCUGCGCGAGUGGCAGGCUUGGCUGGUUCGCCGGCGAGAGCGUCGCACUCAGAGAGGGUGAAGCGCAUCUUUCACGAUUCGCCGACCCGUCGGGGUGAGGGGGACGGCUCGAUUAAUGUGUCGAAGGAUAGCAGCAGUGGCGUCUCGUCGGCGACUUCAGAGCAUGGUGUAGAAGUCCAAGACUACUCGAGGGAGUUGUGUCGCAGGCUCGACCGCCACGACGACCCUUCAGUGACGCCCGCAUACCCGUCAGCGCAUGCCGGCGUACCGCGUUUCCUGCUCCCCGCCGCACCACCUCCUUCUCCAGCGCAGACCGAUGAAACGUCCACUGAUUCCUGGACCGGUGACGAUGAAUUCUUCCCACGCUCUCCGCGCUCGACCAUCCGCGCUCAUCGCCAAACACUCUCCACGGAGCGGAAGUUGCGCGGAACGGCCAACCGUGCGAAGGCGAUCUCUCCUGUUGAUCAACUGAGGCACGGAGGUGCGGCCAGACUGCCUCCGGAUUUGCUGGGCGUUAGUCCAAGGCGAGGAUCGAGGUUUCGAGUGGUCGAGCGUGAGGCGGUGGAGUGGUCGCCAUGUUCCGAUGUCGACAUAUUCAACAAGCUCGAAGCCGAGCUGAGCAACGAUCGCCCGAGCGAUGCCGACGACGAGGAGGGAGAGAGUAGCGACGAAAUGGAGAACUGA